AGUAGAGGGAAAAGUCGUGCGGCUAGUCGACUAGUGCGCACCAUGGCGGUGGAUAGCCGAAACUUGCUGCAGACUUUGCUUGAUCCAAACGAUAGUCACCGUAAGGCCAUGUACUGUAACCUGUCAGGCUGUCAGCAGCAAAAGUGAAACCUGUUUUUUUUCUUAAGUGUUUAAAAUGACAAAAGGUUUUUGUUUCAUAUGUUCAACUUAUGAAAAAAAAAAGAGAUCGCCGAAGUUUUUUCAAAGUGCCAGAAUGCAACAUUAACAGUAAUUCAAUUGAGAAAGAACUCAUUUCACUUUAAAAAAACUUCGGCGAACUCUUUUUUUUUCAUAAGUUGAACAUAUGAAACAAAAACCUUCUGUCAUUUUAAACACUUAAGAAAAAAAACAGGUUUCACUUUUGCUGCUGACAGCCUGACAGGUUACAGUACAUGGCCUUACGGUGACUAUCGUUUGGAUCAAGCAAAGUCUGCAGCAAGUUUCGGCUAUCCACCGCCAUGGUGCGCACUAGUCGACUAGCCGCACGACUUUUCCCUCUACUUACACGAACCAAAUGGAAAAACCUCUAUAGAAGAAAAAACAACAAUUUCGCUGGAAAAAAAACUUGCUCGCGAUAAAAGAAGAGCAGAUGCUAGACGGUUAAAGCGAAAUCCAUUAAACCUCCCGUUUGUUUCCAGAUAUGGGGAUUUUAAAGAAGAAAAGAAUGAAAAAAUUGCCAAAAAAGCUGUUAAAAAAGUUUCUAAAAUGAAAGGAUUGGUAAAUAAAAACCCUGUUGAGGAAAGUGGAACAGACCUUCCGCCUCACAAUGGAAAUGAACUCGAACAACAACAUUCUUCUACACCUGCAAAUGAUACGAUGUCCAAGGAAAGCUGUGCCAGCACAGUAUUGUUGUCCUGUUUGGCAAGCGAACCAGAGCUUGAGCCUCAAAGUGAAACUGAUCAUCAUCCUUCCACCUCUUUCAAUGAUACCAUGUAUCAGAACAACAGCUGUACCAACACUCUAUUAUUAUCCUGUUUGGAACAGAUGGAAAUUGCUGCUGGUAUUCAAAUCGAGGCUCUAGAAGGAGAAAGAGUCAACACACAGCAGUCAUCUUCAAAGAAAAAGAAAAAUGAAGAAUCAAAAGAAGGAGAGAAGGCUGAAAAUUUGUGGAAAGAAAAACAAGAGGAUGUCUACAAGGCUUUCGUAACAUCACAUGCCUCAUCUGCUCAUGGGAGGAUGUGUUCUUCAGAUGGAUGUCUUAAUUCACUUUUUGACCAUCAUAUUCGCUGCGAUGAUUGUAAACGUCACUUCUGCCAUAGCUGCGAUAAAUCCAUUCAUUUUCGGUUACCGUUCCAUAAACGAACAUGGUUUAAUACGGAAAGCUCUAAGGUAUUGGACCCCACACAAUUUAUUAAGGCAAACGGAUCAGUUUCCAAGCAAGAUGUUCCAGUACCAGUAUUUAUUCCUUCAGCUUGCCAAAAGUGUCAAUCGUCUUCUCUUUCGAUUGCUGCUGGAAAAGAAUUAUGUAUCGUCAUUACUGCGAAUGGAAGGUUUGAUCUAAGUACAGCUUUGUUUCGCUGCAAUUCAUGCGAAUGUACUUCCGAUGCCACACUUGAUGAUUACAUUCUAUCCGGUUUUUGGCCACCCGUGCCUGACAAGUUCACUUUUCUAUGUUGCAGUAAACUGCUAACUCUCUGGUAUCAUCUAAAAUUGCUUACCCCAGGAACUUCUGAACAAAAGUUCUUGGAAACGAUUUCAGCUAUGUCAGUAGAGGGAUCGAGAUGUCCCUCAAUUAAAACUCCUAUGUUUGCCAGAGCUAGCCAGGCUCAUGAGUUUACCCGACACUUGAGUGAUUCACGAAUAAAGCAGGUGGAUAAGCUUUUAUGUCGUGCAUGUGUUGAUGAAACAACUGGAAAGCCUUCUCUCCUCUCCGGCCAUCCUGAUGGCAAUCACAAACUAACAAGGACGGAUCGUAAAAAUGAACGCCCAGCUAGGUCUUGGUAUGGUGGUGAGGUUAUUGCUGGGAAGGAGGAUUUUCAGCGGUUUAAAGAUUCCAUUGACUUAGUUAAGCCUCAGUCAAAGAAAUCGAUAGGAUCUCGUCAACGCUGCGGAAAUUCUGAGUUUCAGGCGUCAAAGGAAGUAUCUACGCGAUACAAGACUUUAAGCGAAACUGGUAUCCUUAUGGCCUCUUGCGGCCAUGGCGUCAUCCAGUGUGCCGUGAACAUGUACGAGGGCGAGACUUAUCGGCAUACAUUAUACGCCCAUAAAAAAUUGAAUGAGAAAAACUGUAGAUUUCUCGUCAACGAUGUGGUGUGCCACUACUGGCCAUGGUUGAAAGCCUUAGGAGAAAUAAAAGACGAAUUUAAAUGCUUGUCUUCUAACAUGAUGCCCUUUCUAUCUCGUUUACAUGGGCAAGCCCAUGCCUGGUACUGCCAGGUUUUAUUCUUUGGGCACUGGAGGGACGGAGCUGCUGGUACACUUGGCGAAGAGCAAGAACAAGUAUUUUCCCUGUUUUCUCGUUACUACAACGUAACACACACAAUGAGUUCUUCCCGUCGCAAUGAUCAUCUGACGGCGGCAAUCUUAUACUGGAAUUCUAAAAAAGAAAAAGGAAUUGCUAGUUUGCUAACAAAACGAUUAUUUACGGCCCUGUACCGGGAGCGAUUUUAUUCAAAACGUCUCGAUCUUUUUUUGAAAACUAGGAGUAUGACGGAAGCGGAAGAUCUUCCGAAGUUACAAAAAUUGCUAGAAGAUGAAGCCCUCCGAUAUCUAAGUCAUAAUGGAAAAGCGACAUGUCAUCUAACCGAUCUCCAAAAAGAGCUUGAAGCUAUUCAUUUUGAAAUGUAUACUGUUCACGACCAAAUAAGCAGUGUCGCAAAUUCGUCAAAGUGGAGAACCAAACUAAGGAGACGCCAGACUGCAUUGAAAGCCAAAGCAGUAAUUAUCAUUAAUGAGAUUAAUGCAAUUUCAAAAUCUUUCAAAGUAACGGAAGAACAUUUUUCCGAAGGGAUUUUCCCGUGGGAUUCUGCACAUGACGUGACCUUUAAGGAGAACUUCAAAAUUGUAGAUUGCUGGAUGCUGAAAAAAAGAAACAAAGAACAAAUCCAACAAUCAAAAACGGAAUUGAGGCAGUUCCUCCAGUCUCUUCAAAACAGCACGUUAAUUGCUAAAGAGAAAGUGAACCAUUUGAAGAAAGAAGCAGAACUUAAUAUUUCGAAAUCCGGAAGAGUAAUAUUUGGGGAAGUUAACAUGUUAUCUGAAGAAAUCUUUAGAUUAAAAGCUGUUUAUGACGAAGCAUUGUCAUACCUCCAAUACUUCUGCGAAACCCCCAUUUUCUCUGAAGCUUUGCUUGAUGUUGAUGAAAGUGAUGACUAUGACUCCGACACUGACAGUGAAAACGACGAUGCCGUGUAGGAUGUUGUGUAAUUUAUUAUUAAGCAGUAUGUGCCUUGUCUAAAUUACAUAAUCUGACUGUACAACUUGGAAUAUGUCAUACGGUACCUGCCUACAACUGUAUCUUCAAUUAUGAAUAAUAUACAUUGGACCGUGUUGAUAAAAUAAAUGUGGUUUUUUAUUAUUUGUUUAUAUCAAGAAUCAGUUUAUAGUAAACGAAGUCGAAACACUACAUGAAACAUGAAAUUCGAAUCGCCGCGAUAAAAUGGCCCCCGUCUGUGAUUGGUCGUUGGGUUUUUUGGA